CUCUCUCUCUCCCUCAGGCGCACUGUUUCAGUGCAGCCUCGUCCGACGGAGGGUCUACUCUGCUCUUAACCUCCCUGUCUGUCAUUUUUCGAACGUCUUCAAGUCCACAACUGAUUUUCCUCUCUGGUAAACAGUUCCAAUAAUUUUCUCACGAUGUCGACCACCCUGCAGGCGGAACCCGAGAGGAGACCUCGAGGGGGAUCCGUCAUAAGCAUGGUGGAGUCCGAAAAACGGUCCAGAGGAACGUCCAUCAUAAGCAAUGCCAUCUCGGGCUUCUCCGUCCAAGUCAGAGUAUUCGAGGACAGCCGUCUCAAGGGCCUCACCUUCACGAUGACCUCCUUCUUCAUGGUGGCGCAGAUGGCCGGGGCUGGCUUUGUGGCUCUCCCGAGGGCCCUGGCUGACACAGGCUGGCUGGGAAUACCCAUGAUGUUGAUCUUCUGCGUGAGUGUGGGGUUCGCCGGCAGCAGGCUCGGCAAAUGCUGGCUCAUGCUGGAGGAGAGAUGGGACCAGUACAAGGAACCAGUGAAGCAGCCUUACAUGGAGAUGGCCUACAGGAGUCUGGGGAUUGUCGGAAGACGGAUAGCCCUGGCCGCUGUGCUCUUCAAUCUGUACGGCAGUACGACCGUCUUCAUCAUCCUGAUCUCGGGCAUGAUGGUUGCCAUGGGCGUGCCCCUGUCGACCUGUGAGCUCGUGUUGAUAGUGGGCGUCGUCUUCAUACCCCUGACAUGGCUGGGAACACCGAAGGAUUUCUGGCAGACGGCCGUGAUCGCAGUAGUGUCUACAAUCUUUGCCUGUGUGACCAUCAUAGUGAUGAUCGUCUUGGAAAAAGAGUCUGUCGUGGACCCCUGGUACCCGAACCCGACAGCCAUCAGCCUCUCGCUAGGAUUUGCGGCCAUCCUCUUCGCCUUCGGCGGGGCUGCCGUCUUCCCCACCAUCCAGAAUGACAUGAAGGACAGGGCUCAGUUCGGCAAGAGCAUCAUCGUGUCCUUUGUCAUUAUUCUGUGCUUGUACUUGCCCUUGUCCGUGUCGGGUUACGUUAUACUUGGAAACGACGUGGCGGAUAACGUGUUCCUGUCUGUCUCCAUGGGGAUCGCCACUCAAAUAGCCAUUGCUCUCCAGAUCAUCAAUCUUCUGAGUUCCUACAUCGUCAGUUUUAAUCCAGUGGCCCAGUCCUUGGAGGAAAUGCUUGAAAUACCGAAUGAAUUCGGCUGGAAACGGGUCCUCCUAAGGUCCGGUCUCGUCGUCGGCCAGAUCCUGAUCUGUCUGGCCAUCCCGAGUUUCAGCAAGAUCCUCAACCUGAUCGGAGGCUCCUGCAUCACUCUGUGUACCUUCGUGUAUCCGCCUCUCAUGUACAUCAAGCUCAUGGAUAUGGAGGGCCCUUGGCCCAAAAGGGAAAUCCCUUUCUGGGAACGGGUCUACUUAAUCGAAAUCAUGAUCGUCGGGGUCAUCGGCGGCAUCUGUUCCACUGUCUCUGCCCUGGCAGCCAUCUUGGCCCCUGGUUCCUUCGCCGAGACCUGCUUCACCAACUUCUUCGGCGUCAUAGAAUGAGGCGUCAGCCAGCAGCGCCAUCGAGCAGCAUGCAUGACGUCACAGCCUCCCACAAGAUCAGCAAGACCCCCUUCACACUUUCCACGUAUUAUUGUAUCAUUCGAGUGUUUGUGGAGUUGGCGACCCGUGCAGGACUUUAUUUUUAGGUGUCACGCAUGAAACGUCAACAAAAUCCUCACACAGAUUCGAUGUUAGUGUCUAAUAUGAAAUAUCUUUGCGCCAUUCAUUUUGAAACUGCAUGAAUUUGACUCGCAACUUUUAACUAGAUUCUUACAAAACGAGUGACAUUAUAACCUCGGAUUUUUUUCACUUCCACAUCCACUAUUAUGGUACAACCUUCCUAUUCUCUUUGGUGUUCCCUUUUCAUCGCCAUUAUUGGAUAUUGAGUCAUUUUCAUCAUCGCUUCAUUUCACUGACUCUCCAUCGCCCCUCAUCGUAUCGGUAUGGUCAUCAUUAAAGUUGUGAUCCACUUAUAGAAUGGAUAGAUAAGACCUUUAUUUAUCACA